CAAAUGUUUUCUGGUCUGUCGGCUAAAGUACCUAGAUUAGCUACCGAUGAGAUUGGCGUCGUGGCAGUCCCUAAAUAUAAUAUUGCAGCUGAAUGUCCCCCGUCAGCAAGAGCCAAGAGAAGGGUUUUAAAGGAAGCAUUGUCCACAAGUUUGUCUCGACCAGGAGAAUCAGAAGAAGAGCCAGAGGAUUUCGAACACUGCGUGCCAAUGGAAUUAAAUGUGGAUAAAGAGAUACCAAGCGAUGUUCCUUGCAGCAAAACAAACAGCGCUUUGACUCAGACAGAUGGUUGUGUUGGUUGUGCGUACCUACUGAAAGAGAAAAGGAAAUCAUGGAACAAAUAUGUAGCUCUGAAAGCAAAAUACGAUGAAUUAGUGAAAGCCAAACGUUCUAAAGGUAUCGUGUUUGGCACAUAAGUACUGCACACGUUUCGUGUUUUCACUACAGGGGAAACCCGUAUAAUAAUUCCGGCAUUUAUCAGCCGUGGUGCCGGUUAUUAUAGCUGUAUUGCUAAACUCACGCAAUAGAAUUAAAAGAAGACAUUUUAUGUUAAA